CUGGAGAGGAAGGCCCUAAAGACUGAAUAUGUGAGGCCCCUCAGCCUGCCCUGUUCUGAGGUCCAUGUGAAGGCAGGGGAUGUCUGUUCAGUGGCAGGUUGGGGUAGGAUGGCCCCAAAUGGUAAAUUAUCAAAAGUACUACGAGAGGUAGAGCUGACAGUCCAGAAGGAUAAGGAGUGUGAGUCCCGCUUUCAAGGCUAUUACAACAAAACGAUUGAGAUCUGUGUGGGGGACCCAAAGAUCAAGCGUGCUUCCUUUAAGGGGGAUUCUGGAGGGCCGCUCCUGUGUAACAAAGCGGUUGCAGGCAUCGUCUCCUAUGGGUUUAAAAAUGGUUCAUCUCCGAGAGUCUUCACCAGAGUGUCAAGUUUCCUCUCCUGGAUAGAGGAAAACAUGAAACAGAAUUAA